AUGUCAGUAGCAAGCAGGAGGCGUGACCCGCAGAUCUUCGGGGACCAGCACCUCAAGCACAAGCUCAACCGCGGGCGCGCCAAUCCCGGAUGCAAUAUCUACGUUUACAGGAUGCCCUUGGAUUGGGACGAGCUCGAGUUCGCGAGGCACUUCGAUCACUACGGAGAUCUCAUCUCCUGCACGAUCGUUCGGGACAAGGACUCUGGCGAGUCGCGCGGAUUCGGCUUCAUCGGCUACUCGGACCAGGAGGCCGUCAGAAAAGCGAUCCUGGGAAUGGACGGCCUGCCUGUGGGGCCGGCCCUGGAGCUGCCGGGGAAGUUUUUGUCUGUCAGCCCGAAGCGGGGAGAGGAGCACCUGCUCGUUCCGUUCCCGGACUGCUAUCCGCCCGCCGGCGUGUACGGCACCGAACCCCCGAAUACCCGUGCGCCUCCGGGGGCAAACCUUUACAUCUACAACAUCCCAGCGGAGUGGAGAGACAUUGAACUCUACCGGCACUUCAUUCACUACGGGCAGCUCACGAGCGUGAAGGUAAUGAUGAAGGACGAGAACAAGGAGAGCCGUGGUUUUGGAUUCGUCGGCUACGUCAACCCCAUAUCCGCACAGCGAGCGAUGGCCGGCAUGACCAACUUCUGCAUCAACGUGGACGGAUCGGGCAAGCGGAUCCAGGUGACGUCCAAGAGGGGCGAAGAGUCGGCGGCGCGGAAGUGCAAGGCGGAGAUCGCCUUCAAGGACCCGGCGCACCCGGACUACCAGAAGGAGCCGCCCGAGGAGAUAGAGGCUGGAGCAGCCAUGGCGGAGAGCCUGGGGGUCAGGGCGCACUAG